AUGAAUAUUGCGUCCAACAUGAAACUUGUGAUUGGUCGUAAAACACCGAUUUGCUUGUUGAGAGCCAAUUCUAUUUUCAUAGAUUUCUCGAGAUAUUUUCUUACGAAGUUUUGUUAUUCUGAUGAUACUUUUUUAGUUAGGGAUAGUAAUGGAGAUAGUUAUUCUAUCUAUUUUGAUAUAGAAAAUCAGAUUUUUGAGAUUGACAGCGAUCAUUCUUUUCUGAAUGAACUAGAAAGUUAUUUUUUUUGUAGUUAUCGCAAUUCUAGUUAUAUGAAUAAUGGAUCUGGCUCUCCUAAUGAAGAUUCCUUAUACAAUCGUUACAUGUAUGAUACUCAAUCUAGUUGGAAUAAUCACAUUACUAGUUGCAUUGACAGUUAUCUUCAGUCUCAAAUCUGUAUUGAUACGUCCAUUGUAAGUGAUAGUAGUGACGGUUACAUUUCUAGGUGCAUUUUUGAUAAACGUAAAACUAAUAGUGAAGGCGGGGGGUCCAGUAUACCAACCCGCGCUAAGAACAGUGAUUUAACUCUAAGAGAAAGGUCUAGUGAUCUUGAUGCAACUCAAAAAUACAGGCAUUUGUGGGUUCAAUGCGAAAAUUGUUAUGGAUUAAAUUAUAAGAAAUUUUUGCAAUCAAAAAUGAAUAUUUGUGAACAGUGUGGAUACCAUUUGAAAAUAAGUAGUUCAGAAAGAAUCGAAGUUUCGAUCGAUCCCGGUACUUGGGACCCUAUGGAUGAAGACAUGGUCUCUCUGGAUCCCAUUGGAUUUCAUUCGGAGGAGGAGCCUUAUAAAGAUCGGAUUGAUUCUUAUCAAAGAAAGAUAGGAUUAACUGAGGCUGUUCAAACAGGCAUAGGUCAACUAAAUGGUAUUCCUGUAGCAAUUGGGGUUAUGGAUUUUCAGUUUAUGGGGGGUAGUAUGGGAUCCGUAGUCGGGGAGAAAAUCACCCGCUUGAUUGAGUACGCUACCAAUCAAUUUCUACCUCUUAUUAUAGUGUGCGCUUCGGGGGGAGCGCGCAUGCAAGAAGGGAGUUUGAGCCUAAUGCAAAUGGCUAAAAUAUCGUCUGCUUUAUAUGAUUAUCAAUCAAAUAAAAAGUUAUUGUAUGUAUCAAUCCUUACAUCUCCUACUACUGGUGGGGUAACAGCCAGUUUUGGUAUGUUGGGAGAUAUUAUUAUUGCCGAACCAAACUCCUACAUUGCAUUUGCGGGUAAAAGAGUAAUUGAACAAACAUUGAAUAAAACAGUACCCGAAGGUUCACAAGCGGCUGAAUAUUUAUUCCAGAAGGGCUUAUUCGACCUAAUCGUACUGCGUAAUCUUUUGAAAAGUGUUCUGAGUGAGUUAUUUAAGCUCCACGCCUUCUUUCCUUUGAAUUCCAAUUCAAUCAAGUAGAGUGCACUAAGUUCCAUUUUUUUAUUUGUAGCAAACAAGUAGUUAGCUUAUCCGAAUCUUAGCUUAUCGGAAUCAAAGUUACUAAAAAGGGAGUUUUCUUUGGCGACUUAAGAUCUAAUUGUAGAAAGAAUCAAAAUCAAAAGUUGCGGAUAACUCUUUCUUUAUUAAAUUCGAAGACAAGAACAAAACACAAAGAAACGAAGAAAGAAAUGAAUUAUCAUAUGUAUCUUUCAUGUAGAUAGAUGAAUAAGUUCAUUUAUUUAGUUCUACAUUCCUUGGACUUAUUCUAUAUACUCACUUAGAUACUUAAUAUCUCUAAUGAAAAAUUUUCAAAUUGAAUUAAUUAAUAAUAACUACGAAUUCAUAAUAAUUACAAUUAUUAAUUAUAAUUAGUAUAAAUAGAAAAUAUGAUAUUAAAAAAAAUAAGAACAGGUCCAAAUAAUAAACCGAGGUACCCCAUUUUAUGACAACUUUCCACUUUCCCUCUAUUUUUGUGCCUUUAGUAGGCCUAGUAUUUCCGGCAAUUGCAAUGGCUUCUUUAUUUCUUCAUGUUCAAAAAAACAAGAUUGUUUAGAUCUGAGGGGACCCAAUCUCAUUCGUUUUUUUUUUUAAACUUAUACUUGUAGCAUAACAUAGAUAUUUAUUUCGGAAAAGAAAAUAGGGUAGAACAUAUGAUUUCUGCCGAACAUAAAGGAAAAAGCUCUUAUGCCUGCAGAAAAUGAUCUAAUCUAUAGGUAACUCAAUUCUAGCCAGUUUCAAAUAGAUCAGGAUCGCUGGAUGCCUAAAAUGUAAAGUUGGUCGAUCUAUAUGUAUAUCAAUAUGUAUAUUGGGAUCAUAUGAGGGGUAUGUUAUUAUUUUAGAUCUAAACAAAUUUGAUGAAUUACCCCUAAAAGUUCCCAUUAAACUAGUGCUAGUUCACACCAAACUAGUGCUAGUUAAUGAAAGUUCAUUCGGAAACAAAAAAAGUAAAGUCAAAAU